CACUUGCCUUGUUCCCCUACCAUGAGUUCCGCUGGCCCAGCACCCAUGGAGGAAGAUAUGCUCAGCGACGCGGUUCCCAGCAACAUCGUCUCGCGGCAGCCCAGCAACGGCGCGAGCGAGGAGCCCGAAGAGGCCCCGGAGAAGGAUGAGCUGGAGAGCGAGGGCGGUCAAGACGAUGCUGACUAUGCUGCCCCCAAUUCCACACCUAGGAGACGGGGAAGGAAGACGGAUAAGCAGAAGGCCGCCGACUCGAGUUUGCAGAAGAAGCGGGAGGAGAUGGACAAGAACAAGAUCACCGACGCAGUGAAGCGCUAUUCCUACCUGCUCGGGCAGACAGAUUUGUUCAAGCACUUCGUAGACAUUAGGCGCGCUCAAGAUCCCGAGUAUGCUGCCAUGAUGGACGCACAACCCAAGCCGAAGGGUAGGGGACGCAAGAAGACGAUCGAUGCCAGCACGCGCCAUCGCAAGUCUGAAAAGGAAGAAGAUGAGGAGCUCCUGAAAGAGGGCGAGCGCGCCGUUGAUGGCAGCGACCAACCCUACGUGUUCGAAGAGUCUCCAAGCUUCAUCAACGGAACUAUGCGAGCAUACCAAUUGCAGGGUCUCAACUGGAUGGUGUCGCUGCAUCACAAUGGGUUGAACGGUAUCCUUGCAGACGAGAUGGGUCUUGGAAAGACGCUGCAGACCAUCUCGUUUCUCGCAUACCUCAAGCACCACCAUGGCAUCAAGGGACCUCACCUCAUUAUUGUCCCCAAGUCUACUCUGCGCAACUGGGAGCGCGAAUUCGAGAAGUGGACGCCCGACUUCAAGGCCGUCGUCCUCACUGGGUCCAAAGAGGAACGUGCGGAGAUUGUGGCGAGCCGCCUCAUCACCGAGGACUUCGAAGUCUGCAUCACGUCCUACGAAAUCUGCCUCAUCGAGAAGAGCGCUCUCAAGAAGUUCUCGUUCGAGUACAUCGUCAUCGACGAGGCUCACCGCAUCAAGAACGUCGACUCCAUCCUCUCCGAAGUCGUCCGCUCGUUCAUCUCGCGUGGAAGGCUGCUCAUCACCGGCACGCCGCUGCAAAACAACUUGCAGGAGCUGUUCGCCUUGUUGAACUUCAUCUGCCCUGAAAUCUUCCGGGACUACAAGGAUUUGGACAGCUUCUUGCACAAGGACACAGGCGAUGGUGUGGACGAAGAGGAGAAGAGCAAGCGGGUUGUAGAGGCAUUACACAAGAUCUUGCGGCCCUUCCUCCUGCGUCGUGUCAAGUCCGACGUCGAGAAGAACUUGUUGCCGAAGAAGGAGAUCAACAUCUAUGUCGGCUUGAGUGACAUGCAGCGGAAAUGGUAUCGCUCAGUCCUCGAGAAGGACAUCGACGCUGUCAACGGUCUUACCGGCAAGAAGGAGGGCAAGACGCGGCUGAUGAACAUGGUCAUGCAGCUGCGCAAAGUGACUUGCCAUCCGUACUUGUUUGACGGUGCUGAGCCGGGCCCACCAUACACGACCGACGAGCACCUCGUUGAGAACUGUGGCAAGAUGCUCAUUCUCGACAAGCUCCUCAAGUCGAUGAAGGAGAAGGGCUCCCGCGUGCUCAUCUUCAGUCAGAUGAGCCGUAUGCUCGACAUCCUCGAGGAUUACUGCCUCUUCCGUGGCUACAAGUACUGUCGCAUCGACGGUGGAACGGCCCACGACGACCGUAUCACCGCCAUUGACGAGUACAAUAAGCCCGACAGCGACAAGUUUAUCUUCCUGCUCACCACGCGUGCCGGUGGUCUUGGUAUCAACUUGACUACUGCUGACAUUGUCGUCCUGUACGACAGCGAUUGGAACCCUCAGGCGGAUCUGCAGGCUAUGGACCGUGCGCAUCGUAUCGGUCAGACCAAGCAGGUCUAUGUCUUCCGCUUCAUCACGGAAGGCAGUGUUGAGGAACGCAUGUUAGAGAGGGCUGCACAGAAGUUGCGGCUUGACCAGCUCGUCAUCCAGCAAGGAAGGCAACAGCAGUCGAAAGCUGCCAACAAGGAAGAGUUGCUCGACAUGAUCACUCACGGCGCUGAGAAGAUUAUGAACGCCACUGACGAGCUGCUCAUCAACGACGACAUCGACGAGAUCAUCCAUCGCGGCGAGCAGCGCACACACGAGCUGAACAGCAAGUACGAAGGCCUCAACCUCGAGGACCUGAGCAACUUCAAGUCCGAUGCGUCCGUGCAGCAGUGGGAGGGCGAGGACUUCCGGAGCAAGAAGAACUUAAACUUCAACAUGAUCUCUCUGGCGAAGCGCGAGCGCAAGUCGAACUACUCCGUCGACAAUUACUUCAAGGAUACGCUGCGCGCAGGCCCUGCGAAGGUGGAUAAGGCGCCGAAGUUGCCCAAAGCACCGAAGCAGGUUACUGUUCAGGACUUCCAGUUCUUCCCUCCGGAGCUUACGCAGCUGCAAGAGCGCGAGCUUGCGGUGCACAAGCGCCUAAACGACAUCAAGGCGACGACGCGGGAGCCUGCAGGCCCGGAGGAUACGCCAGAGAAACUCGAGGAAGAGCGACAAGCUGCGCAGGAGUUCAUCGACACGGCCGAGCCUCUGACCGAGGAAGAGAUCGCGCAGAAGGACGCAUAUAUCAGCAAGGGCUUCGGCGAUUGGACCCGCCGCGACUUCCAGCAGUUCGUGCGUGGGCUGGAGACCUACGGAUGGGGUGCGAGCUUCGACCUCUAUGCCUCAGAAAUCCCCGACAAGACUGCGGGCGAGGUGGCCCAGUACUACAAGGUCUUCAAGGAGAGGUGGACGACUCUGGCAGACCACCCCAGGAUAGCCGCCCGCAUCGCCGAGGGCGAGCAGAAGCGCAACAAGCGCCAAAACCUCGAGCAGCUCCUCGAGGAAAAGAUCAACUCCGUCAACUACCCCAUGCAGGAGCUUGAGCUGAACUACCCGACCACGAAGGGCAAGGUCUACAGCGAGGAGGAAGACCGGUACCUGCUCUGCCGGCUCUACCACUACGGGAUGCAGACGGAGGAUGUGUACGAGCGCAUCAAGAAGGAUAUUACGGAGUUCCCUGUGUUCCGCUUCGACUGGUUCUUCAAGAGCCGGUCCGCGAUUGAGCUGAACAGGCGGUGUAACACGCUGCUGGGCAUGAUUGAGAAGGAGGCGGAGCAGCAGGCGGCGGAGCAGAAGGCGCAGAGCAGUAGUAGUACGAGGGGAAAGAAACGGGGCAUCGACGAGGUCAAGAAGCAGGACUCGCGCGCGCCGACGCCGACAGGCUCCGCCGCAGGUUCGACAGCCAAGCGGGCGACGAAGAAAAAGAAGACAUGAGCGGCAUGUCAUCUCUUCGUUUGGUACCUCCGCUCGUUUGGUCUGUGUUGUCUUCCUGCUGUCCUACGUACUAUUUUCUUGAUAUAUAUGUCGUCGUCUGUCCCGCUCAUCUACGCAUAGAUCCAUGUAAUUCUACAGCCCGUGUACAGGAUAA